CUCUUCUUAUGUCCCAUCAAUGCGCUGUCAUCCUAUGCCCUAGAAUAUUCGAAUAGAAUAUUCUACUCUAUUUCAAUCGCGUUCACAAGGAUACUCUACGUCAUCUACGCGGAAGAAACUGAGGAUAGCUUGGACUGCGGAAAGCCGACAAGCGCUUUCAGCCAAUAUCAUGACAGCUUCGCCAAAAGAACACACCUCAGAGGAUGAGUCGGACGACGAAAGCCUUGAACUCCUUGAUUACGGUGCGAACGUGCGCAGUGAACUAUGCGUAGCCCUUGAUGCAAUCAAUCAUGCUAGGGAAUUCGCUGUCUUCGGAACAGCAUUUGAUCCUGUCAAUCCUAGCCUGCACGUGCUAGGUGUUGGAAAGAUUCGACUACCCCUGGACGACGAAGAUUUUCGAAGCCAAGGGAUAUCUGAGUCUGUCACUGGACUGAAAACGAUUCUGAAGAACUGUGAGAAUGCUUGGAAUACAUUCAGUUUUCAGAACCCAUCCUGGGAAGCUUUCCGGUCGGCAAUAUGCACAAAGGUUUUCAGGACUAUGGAACUGCGGCCAGGCGACUGCAAAGCAACAUUACUUUCAUGUAGCACAGAGUCCUCGAUAGAGUAGUAUGUACACCAUUAAGGAAGGCUCACCAACAAAAUGCUGAUGGACAGCAGCCCUUCCCAGUCGG